AUGGAAAUAUUCAAAAUUACACAAAAUGGUUUUACAAGAUUGUCGUUGUACCCGGAAUGUAAAGGUUUUACAAGAUUGUUAACUGUGUUAAGACUAUUCAAUCUUAAGGAAAUAGGUGGGUGGACAGAUAAAAGUUUUAGUGAAUUACUUGAAUUGUUGACAGAAAUGCUUCUAGAAGGUAACACUUUGUCAAACCGUACUUAUGAGGCCAAGAAAAUUUUGUGUCCAAUGGGUUUGGACAAUGUCAAAAUACAUGGUUGUCAUAAUGAUUGCAUCUUAUAUAAGAAAGAGUUUGAAAACUUGAACGAGUGUCCGAGGUGUGGGGUGUCGCGCUACAAACAGAAGGACAAAGGUGUUGAUGACGAUGAUGGUGCAACUAGCAAGGAUGUUCCUGUCAAGGUGAAGUGGUACCUACAGAUGAUUCCAAGGUUCAAUAGAUUGUUUGUUAAUGUUAGUGACGCAAAGAAUACUAGAUGGUAUGCAGAUAAAAGAGUGUAUGGAAAAAUUCGCCAUGUAGCUGAUUCAUUGCAAUGUAAGAAAAUUGAUUCCUUGUUUCCAGAUUUUGCUAAUGAACCAAGGAACCUUAGGCUUGGACUUUCCACCGAUGGAAUGAACCCUUUUGGUAAUUUAAGUACUAACCAUACGUCAUGGCCUAUUCUUCUCUUAAUUUACAACCUAUCUCCACAGUUGUGCAUAAAGCGCAUGUAUAUGAUGCAACCGAUGAUGAUUUCGGGUCCAAAACAACCAGGGAACGACAUAGAUGUUUAUUUAUCACCAUUGAUUGAAGAUUUAAUACUUUUGUGGGAGGAAGCUGUUGAUGUUGAUGAUGCGUAUACAUGUGAUAACUUUAAGUUGCGUGCCAUGUUAUUUUGCACAAUCAAUGACUUUCAUGCAUACUGUAAUUUGUCUGGGUACAACAUUAAGGUUCAGCAGGUGUGUCCUAUAUGUGAAGUUGAUACAUGUUGCCACCAAUUAUCAAAGGGAAAAGAGACAGUUUAUCUUGUGCAUCGAAGAUUUUUAAGAGCUAAUCAUCCGUAUCGUAGACUGCGCAAGGCUUUUAAUGGAGAGCAGGAGUAUGGUAUCGCUUCAAAACCCUUAACUGGGAAGGAAGUUUAUAUAAUACAACAACAUAUUAAAUUUGUCUUUGGAAAGAAACAGAAAAGGCUCGUGGAGAAAAAUUCUUGGAAAAAGAGGUCGGUUUUCUUUGGAUCUUCCAUAUUGGUCAAGUCUUGA